AUGUUGUCCCGUGUUGGCCUCCAAGCCCAGAAGCUGAUCGCUAGACCCUCCUUUGUGCAGGCCGUCCGCCACAUCAAAACCAUCCCCCAGCCUCCCGGCUACAUUGUUGGAACCGUCAACGACGCUUACGAGCAUCCUAAACCACAAAAGAGCCACGGUUCUGCCCACUGGACCGCCGAGAGGGCUAUUUCUAUUGGCCUUGUUCCUUUGAUUGGUGCAUCUUUCUUCAGCGGCCCUUCCGUGGUGCUUGACUCCACUUUGUCUGCCUUUUUGCUUGCUCACUCCUGGGUCGGUUUCCAGUCAUGUAUCAUCGAUUACAUUCCUUCUAGAGUGUACGGCUCGUACCACAACUACGCCAUGUACUUGUUGACGUUCGGCACCGGUGUUGCUGCGUACGGUGUGUACGAGAUUGAGAAGAAGGAAGAGGGCGGUGUGACUGGUAUCGUGGCCAAGCUCUUCACUGCGUAG